UUAAGCGUAAAAUAUCACUGAAACAUGCGGCGAUUCUAUUUUAAUUAAACGAUAAGCCCAAAUAUUUCUGUACAUAUUUAAUAAAUUAAUAUUGAGUUUCUAUUGUAUGGUAAAAUAGAGCGAACCAAUAUUUAUUUUAUUGCUCAUGUUUGUCAACAUUUAUAAACGAACGAUGGCAGGACUUACAAAACAUACAGCAAGAGAUGCACAAUUUAAUUCAAAAAUUUAUUUUCACAUAUAAUUGCAGACUCCGACGAAAAAAAUUAGACCGGAAGUUAAAAUGCACAAAUGCGAGGAAUGUGAAGAAACGUUUACAUCACACGCCAAAUUGAGGAAACAUAGGAUAGCUCAGCAUAAACAACGAGCUUUCGAGUGUUCUGAAUGUGGAAAAACAUUCAAUAAACGUUCAGUUUUGGAUCGUCAUCUUAUAAUACACGAACCCGUCAAGAAUUUUUCGUGCGCUGUUUGCAGUAAACAAUUUAGAGAUCAAAGAAGUUUAGAUGAGCAUUCAUCAGUUCAUACAGGAGAGAAGCCUUUCCAGUGCCCUCAUUGUAGUCGAUUCUUUCGCCUGAAGAAAAAUAUGCGACUUCAUAUGCGUAUCCAUACCGGUGAGAGACCUUAUCUCUGCGCUCUUUGUGCCAAGAGCUUCAGAAGAAGCGAAGAUUUUAGAGCCCAUAUGCAUACUCACAAUCGUGAUCAACGAUUUACUUGUGAAGUCUGCGGUAAUGCAUUUGGCUAUAGAGCAUCGCUUAGGCGACAUAUGAAAGCUCACAAUACGGAAAAAGCAUUCUCAUGCGAAUAUUGUGGAAAGAGUUUCCACAGGAGGGAUCGACUGAAUGGACAUCUUCGAGUGCACACUGGAGAAAAGCCAUACCAAUGCGAUGAAUGCGGUAAAUGCUUCAAAGAACGAACACAUUUACGAACUCAUUGCAGAUUAUUGCACUCAGAUGACGCACAGAAGAAGAACAAAAGAAAUUACUCUGUUGCGCAACCCAAUCCACAAAUACUUGAUCGUAUUCAAGCUGUUCACGUUGUUGAACAAGAUAAGAGUGGAGUUACCCGCUUAAAACCAAUAGAAAUAACCACAUCAAAUACAGGAGAAGAGGUGUACGGUCAACCAGUAACAGUAACAUAUACACAAAUGAAAAAAGACAACUCUGUAUCAGAGGUGGCUGUUAAUGAAACACCUUUGCAAAUAACAACGGAUUAUACAUCAGCCAAUUUGCAUUAUCAAUGUGGUGGAUGCGGUUAUAUGUAUUCAUCAAAGUCGGAAUUCGAGCAGCACGUGCAACAAUGCAUGGGAAUUUCCCAAGCAAGUUUGACUGUUAGUGACCAAGUACUUCUUUUACAGCAAAUUGGCAACUAG